AUGGGUAAUAUAUUGCGUAAACAAAGAAUAGUAAAAGCGAAUAUCAUUUCAGUCUCCAUGAUAAAUCAAUAUCUAAUUAUUUAAUCUGUGGCAAUCCACGGUGUUGCCACAAGACUGAUUGUUUUUCUUUUCCUGUCAACAGCUGUCAAAAAGCUCCAAAAUGGUACAGCGGCUUACGUUUCGACGACGUUUGUCGUACAACACUAAGUCAAACCAAAGGAGAAUAGUGAGGACACCAGGUGGCCGUCUGGUGUACCAGUAUGUCAAAAAGCCCAAGAAGAUCCCGAGGUGUGGCCAGUGCAAGAGCAAACUGCGCGGUAUCCAGCCCGCCCGGCCCGCUGAGCGUUCCCGCCUGUGCUACCGCAAGAAGACCGUCAAGCGAGUGUACGGUGGUGUCCUCUGCCACAAGUGCGUAAAGCAGCGCAUCGUCAGAGCCUUCCUCAUUGAGGAACAGAAGAUCGUCAAGGUUCUCAAGGCUCAACAAGCAGUCGUCAAGACUGGCAAGAAGAGCGCCAAGUAAAUGAUAGGGAUAAAUAAAAAAUUAUAAAAUCA